AAAAGAAGAAAAGAAACGAAAAGAAAAGAAAAGAAAAGAAAAGAAAAAGAACUAAGUAAUAUAUUAAUCUUGGGAGGAAGUUUAAAUGUCAUUUACCCGUAAUCUCCGUAUAUUAUGUAGUUAACUUCAACUUCUUGCAGAGUUUUAAAAAAACUACUGCAACUUAACUAUAAUUACAUACGUGUAGAGUAUGUGGAAGCGAGAUAAAAAUAAGAAAAAUUGAUAAGAAACUUAAAUUCGCUUUUGGAUCAUGAAUCACACGUAUACCUGAGUGAAACAAGCGCUUAACCCGUGUAAUUGCCUCGUGGAAACGCUGCUCUCAUCAUACCACAGGGUAUCGCAUAUAUACGAGUGCAAUGCAGUCUUCUACUUACCACCUUUAUUAUUAAUGGAAUUGCACAUCAUUUAUAGCACGCAGGCAACUACCGAGAACAACCGAAACUGAAAAGAGAGACCAGCUAUGUUUUAAUACAUUACAGAGUAGUAUGACGUUAAUCCUAGUUUGCUGUACAAAUCGCAUGCAACUACAUGUAAGGCCAAUUCAGUAAUGGAACUUUCAACGCUAUGGAAUCAAAAGCAAUUUGGUUAUUUGCAAUAAUUUAUUCAACAUUGCAACAUAUCGGGUCCUUUUCAUCACCUUUGAAACGACCAAGAGCCGGAGAUCCUUUCGACACAUUUCCAAAAAACUUUUGGCAAGAGUUCUCGUCACCAUUCACAGAUACACCAGAAGAUGAGGAAUUGGAAAUAACGGAUACAACUACACACGAACCAUUUCCAUUCUUUGCCGAUCCAUACACAACAGUUAACGUAAGCACACAACUGGGAUCGAACGUUUUCCUGCAUUGUAGAGUAAACGAUUUGCAAGGAAAGACGGUGUCAUGGAUGCGACGAAAAGGCGACGACUUGGCGCUCAUCACAUUCGGUCGUCAUACGUAUAGCGGUGAUUCAAGAUAUUCGCUGGAGUUUGAAGAGCCAAACGAUUGGAAACUUUUAAUCCAAUACGCCAAUGAACGUGACGAGGGUCCUUAUGAAUGUCAAGUUUCAUCACAUCCGCCACUAGUAUUAUUAGCCUACUUAACUGUAAUUGUUCCUCAUGUGGAAAUACUUGAUGAACGUGGCUCCACUACCCCCGAAAAGUAUUACAAGGCAGGCAGCACAAUAGAGUUACAAUGUGUAAUUUCGAAAAUUCCGCAGCCUUCCUCAUAUAUAACUUGGCGUCACGGCACCCGCAUGCUUAACUAUGACACCAGUCGUGGCGGCAUUAGCGUGAAAACAGAUAUGCUACCCGGACGUGCAUUGAGUCGUCUCUACAUAGCCAAUGCCAAUCGUCAUGAUACAGGAAACUAUACGUGCAUGCUGGGCAAUGAUAUUACUGGCACUGUUAUUGUACACGUUCUCAAUGGAGAAGAACCAGCUGCCAUGCAACACGCAUCAGCAUCCUUAAUGAGACCCAUACUCUCGGUUGUGUUAUUUGCAGUAUUUGCAGUAAUGAUUUGUCGACGAUGACAACAUACUUUCUCUCUUACGUACACACAUGAACGACAAACAAGUCUAUUAUAAGUAACAUUCGUAUAGCAUAAGGCAUUGGAUAUUUCAUUAAUAAUCGGAUAUUUGAUAACUAUUCAAAACAAAGAAAUAAA